GUCAGGCUAAUGAAGAUGGUGGAGUUCAUUCGGACGCUGUCUGACCACCUUGACGAUGUCAACUGUUGUGCCUUCUCCGACUCUCUCUUGGCGACAUGCUCCUUGGAUAAAACAAUCCGGGUGUAUUACUUAAAUGACUAUACCGAGGUGCCCUUCUCCCCCCUCAGAGGACAUACGUAUGCUGUUCACUGCUGCUGCUUCUCCCCGAGUCAGACUAUGUUGGCUUCCUGUUCUACGGAUGGCCGGACCAUCCUCUGGAGUAUGUGCAGUGGCCAGGUUUUGGCAUCUCUGGAACAUCCAGGUUGCAGCCCUGUUAGGGUGUGCAGGUUUUCCCCCAGCUCCAUGUAUUUAGUGUCUGGGGGGGCUGACGGCUCCGUGGUAUUGUGGAACGUACCAUUAAUGAAAUUGUACAGAUCAGGCCUGGUGAAGGAUGGCUCCCUGGUGGCGUGUGCCUUCUCCCCUGGAGGAAAUCUAUUUAUCACAGGCUCCUCAUCAGGUGAUAUAACGGCGUGGGAUGAGAACAUGCGAUGUUUGUACAAUGGGAAGGCACAUGACUUGGGUGUGACCUGCUGCGACUUCUCCUCACAGACCGUAACAGAUGCGGAUGGCGACAUUGAGUGUUUUCAGAUGGCCUCUUGUGGGCAGGACUAUGAGAUUCGACUCUGGCUUGUAUCAUAUAGUGAUGACAGAGGUUUGGAAAUGCGAUGCAAGCUGACACUGAGCGGACACACGGCCCCCGUCCUGUCCUGCGCCUUUUCCAGCGACGGUCAGAUCAUCGUCUCCGGGUCUGUGGACAAAUCUGUUAUCAUUUUCUCCUCUAAAACUGGGUCCAUCCUGCAUAUCCUGACGCAUCACACACGCUAUGUGACUGCCUGUGCUUUAGCACCAAAUCAGCCUUUGCUGGCCACCGGAUCCAUGGACAAGACUGUGACCAUCUGGAAACUGGGACCAGCCAGUCAGUCAGCAGUUGGCAGAUUGAGAAGAACAGAGGCCCAUAUUGAGAACUGGACAGAGAAAGAUGUCAGGAACUGGCUCUCCGCAGAAGGCCUGGCAGAGGUAGAGAAGCAGUUCAGCUCCAACAAUAUUGAUGGCAAAGAAUUACUCGACCUCACUAAGGACACGCUGCUCAAUGACCUGAAGAUAGAGUCCCUAGGACUGCGUAAUAAGAUUAUGAGGCAGAUAGAAGAAUUACGAAGCAAGAUGAAAGCGGCUUCUUCCAACAUCCCUGAAGAAUUUCUCUGCCCCAUUACCUGGGAGAUCAUGAAGGAUCCAGUGAUGGCAUCAGAUGGUUAUUCGUAUGAGAGAAGCGCAAUCGAAAGCUGGAUUAGUACAAGGAGGACAAGUCCUAUGACCAACCUUCCACUAGAGAACCUUCUUCUCACUCCUAACCGAACACUAAAAAUGGCACUAAACCGCUGGCUAGACACAAGGCCUGACCAGAAAGACAAGCAGGUGACCACUUAACCUCUAGAUCA